UAAGUUGACACGUACAAAUUUUCUACUAUCAUUAAUAGUUGUAGAGAACAAUAUGGCAGACAAUAGAGUUGGAGCUGAGAUCGUGUAUGGAGCCGAAGAGUGCCAACGUCAUUCCAUCGAGUUACUGGAUGAGCUAGGUUUUCCUAGAGGUGUUAUGCCACUCAAAGACCUUGUAGAGUGUGGGAGGGUACGUGAGACGGGGUUUGUUUGGAUGAAGCAAAAGGCUCCGUAUGAGCAUUUCUUUGAAGGGACUAAUACGCGUGUUAGUUAUGCGACAGAAGUAACCGCCUAUAUUGAAAAAUGCAAGAUGAAGAAAAUGACAGGAGUUAAAAGUAAACAAUUGAUGAUGUGGGUACCUAUUGUUGAAAUGAGUAUGGAAGAUUUCAAUAGUUCGAAAAUUUACUUCAAGGUACCCAUUGGGGUAGGAAAGUCUUUUCCUGUUGCUGCGUUUAUGAGUGAAGAAGAGAAGAAAAAAUACUUGGAGCAAUCUAAGUAAAUGAC